GCCCGGGAGCGCAGCCGGUCCCCGAAGCGUGCCGAGGCCGCGGGAGGCGAGCCGCAGGCCGCGGGAGGCGAGCCGCAGGCGCCGCAGGGUGGCGGGGAGGCUGCCAGCGCCCCGAAGCCGGAGGUGCCCGCCCACUGGGCCACGCCGGCCGCGGAGGGGGCCGGCGAGGAGGACGGCGGCAUGCACUACUUCUCGCCCGUGACGAAGGGCAAGGGCAAGGGCAAGCAGAAGAAGGGCGCGGACGCGAAGCCGAAGGAGGAGGUUAUCUCCGCCGCAGACGUCCUCGCGAUGGCGGCGCGCGUGGAGAGCGGGGACCAGGACGUCAAGCCGGAGAGCCUCGGGAGGCUGCUGCGCGGGGCCGCGGUGUACAUCGGCGCGCUCGAGAAGAACGUGGGCGAGAUGGGGCAGGCGUUGCGGCAGAUCCGGACGCUGACGGGGCUGGCCCUGGACGGCCUGGGCCUCCCGGGCGGGGGCGCCGCGAUGUACAGCCGCGGCGUCCCCGAGGAGGCGGCGGAGGCGGAGGAGGCCGGCGCCGGCAGGUCCUUCAUGGUGAGCGGGUGCAGGAGGCGCACCGGGCGGCCGCAGCGGUCCGCCCGCACGCGGGCGCCGGGUCCGCGGGGGGCGCGCUCUCGGCGGAGGCGCGGACGCGCGAGCAGAUGGACGACGCGCGGAGGGCGCGGCUGCAGCGCCUGGAGGCGCAGCAGGAGGCCAAGAAGAAGGAGCUGGAGGACCAGGCGGCCAAGAACCGGGCCAGGGAGGCGAUGUUCCAGACCCCCCUCGUGGGCGCCGCGAAGCCGCUGGGGUUUCUGGACGUGGAGUUCGUGGGGGAGGGGUUCAAUUGGGCCUACAUGAGUUUCAUACCCAAGGGUGCUCUGAAGUCGAACCACAACAGCGCCAUCAGAAGGUGUCCGUCCGUGGGCCCCAGGCAGUUUGGUUCUGGCGUCUUCGUGCAAUUCAACAAGGGUGUACACAACGGCAGGGCGCCGAUGCUCAAGCACACGUGCCGGGUCCGGCAAGUCACAGAGUUCGAGCUACAGCGUACUGAGCCAUGUCCAGCAGUAUCAUGUUUCUUCCGAUCCGUUGGCAUGGUGGAGCUCAACGGUGCGAGAGGCGGGCGCGCGGGUGCGGGAUCGGCGGCGCUGGCGACGGCGAUGGAGCUAGGGCGCGGCGAGAGCGGCCCGAAGCCACCCGAGGGCGCCGCGGCGCCGUUGGCGCUCGGCGGCUCCUCCGAUGGCGGCCCGGACGACGAGUGGGCUGACCAGCUGGCCCCGCUGGCGUGCCUCCCGAGCCGCCCUGCCCUCUCGGGCCUCUGCGGGAUGGUGGCCGCGCUCGUUGUCGUGACGGUCGCCACGGGGCAUGGGUGGGCUUGCCACGGCUCCACGGAGUGCCAGGCCGACGUCCAGCUGAUCCAGACCAUGGCAGUCCCCAACACGACCAGGGCCAACGCGAGCAGGGCCGAAGCCGUGGUUGGUGUCGACAUCGCCCAGAAGUGCUUCGUCUGCGUGGAGGAGGGCGCCGGCCGCGGCACGAUCGAGCUCAUGAUCGGCCACGGGCCCGUCAUGAUGGAAUACAUCAAGCAGUUUACGGCGGUGGGUCACCAGCGCCGCCCGCGGUCAUUUUACGACGAGCUCCCUCCCUUGGUGUUCGAUACGCCCAUGAGCCUCCUCGACCUGCGCCUGUGCAUCGAGGCGGCCCUGGUCGCGGCUUCUGACCCAAGACGCGGGCGUUUCUUCUCCUGCCUGGAGGCCGCGCUGGCGUGCCCGCCCCCGCGCCCGCGGGCCGGCACUGCGCGCCCGCCGGACGGGCGCCAGUGCAGCCGCGAGAGGACUCAGCUAUGUGCAUCUUCAGAGUCCGCCCGUGCCAGAUGGCGGAACGGCGACGCCCUGGAGCACGCCCCGCCGUCCUGCAGGGCUGACCGUCAAGUUGUUUGUGCUGCCGUGGCCAGAGAUGGCACCGACUUGAAGCACGCGUCGAGCGCUCUCAGAGCCGACAAGGCCGUCGUCCUGGCGGCCGUGGCCCAGAACGGGCGCGCCCUGAGAUUCGCCGGGGGCGGCCUGCAGGGGGACCGCGACGUCGCGAUGGUGGCCAUCGCGAGCGACGCCAUGGCGAUGGAGUUCGUGGCCGACAGGCUUCGGCAGGACGGCGGCUUCCUGGAGGCCGCGCAGCACCGGGGCGUGCUGAUGCAGGCCACGGCGGGCUGCUGCACGCCCAGCUUCGAGGCUCCCCGCCAGCUGCGCGACCAGCCGGACGAGCCGCUCGAGUCGCUCGGGCCGCCCGGUGUUCGACGGCCUCCCGUCGCCCGCGGCACCUCCUCGCCCGGCGUCCACGGCGCUGCUGCCGCGGCGGCUCCAGGCCCCCCGCUGGCCAGCCCGGAGAUCGCGAGCACGCUCCUCGACAUGGGCUACGCCUCCCAGGCCGUGCAGGCCGCGUCGCGGAGGUGCUCGUCAGUGGAGGCGGCGGUCGAGUGGCUUGCUGCCCACCCCGAGGUCGCGGCCUGA